CCAAACACAGUUUUGUUCCCUCCCUUAGCGAGCGCAUAGCACCAUGCCCAAACACCCUCGCAAGCGCCAAAAGACAGUCGAUGCGUCUCUGGAGCUGGAGCUUCUCGAUGACUCUCAGAAAGAUGACGAAGAACGCCGACUGGAAAACGUCCUCUUCGGCACUAAGUAUGUGCCUGCAAUGGCCACCACUGGUUCUGUUGUGGAGAGCGGGGAAAUGAAAAAUCUGGCGGACAUGGAUCUUUUCUACGUUGACGACGCUCAACCUACAUCUGUUCUUGACGAUGUCGAAUUCAGUGAUCAGGAGGAAGAGGGCGACAGCGGAGGAUCCGACGAAGAUGACGACGACGGAUCGUCGGAUUCUCACCCUGAGUCAGAGCAUCCACCGACAUGGACUCAGUCGAGCCGUAAACCUGCCUGGGAGGACCCAUCGGACCCUCCGUCCGUGUCAAUACAGUCUGGGAAGCUUCGUAAACUUCGCAACGACGCAUCGGAAACCACACUGACUGGACGGCAAUAUGAGUCUCGUCUUCGCAGACAAUAUGAAACCAUCAACCCUCAGCCAGCAUGGGCUAAAGCUGCUAAGGAUCGGCUCCAGGAGAUGGAUGAAGCUGGGAUCAAUGAACUUUUCUCUUCCACUGUCGGCAUUCUCGCGUCUCGAACGAAAAAGGGAACGCUGGCGACAGGCAUGCUGUCUAUUGAACGGUUGCGCGAUGCCAAUCAAGCUGGUUCAGACUCUGGAGAAAUCAAAACUCUUUCGUUUCACCCGAGUGCAAAAAUUCCACUGUUGUGCGUAGGAAGUGCGGAUCGGAGAAUAAGGCUUUUCAAUAUUGAUGGCCAUACGUCUCCCUUGCUGCAAACAUUGCACAUACCGACACUUCCUCUCUCUCAAUCCUCGGCCAAUUUCCACCCAUCGGGCUCUUCCUUGCUACUGACUGGAAAUCGCCCAUUCUAUUUUGUGUAUGACCUCCACCGGGGCGAGAUGAUUCACAAAACUGGCCGUGGCCUGUGGGGUUCUUUCGAUUCCUCCACGAUGCUUGCACAGCCACGACGAAAGCGACCACGCAGAGGUGGCUCCGAGCGGGACUCUACAUCUGGUGGAGGUGCGGCAGGAAUGGAAGUGACGGCUUUCAACGACUCUGGCAGCAUGCUAGCAGUCGCCGGUCAAGGAGGGAAUGUGCAUCUAGUCGAUUGGAAAAGCGCGGCCGGUCAAGUCGUGGGCAGCUUGAAGUGCGGCGCAAGCAUCAAGUCUCUUUGGUGGACUGGCCAGGAUGAUACACUCGCUGCGCUCACGAACGACUCUGAAGUUUACCUGUGGGAUGUGGGCCAGAGACGCUGUGUGAGACGCUGGAAAGACGAGGGCGGUUUCCGAGGAGCUGGGCGUGCUAUGGCUGGAGCGCGCCAAGGUUGGCUUGCAAUUGGAUCGAACACUGGGCUAGUGAACGUAUAUGGAGCUGAUUCGUUCCGGCACAGCGAAGGGACCACAUUCUCAGCGCAGCCCAAGGCAGUGAAAACGAUCGGGAACCUGACCACUGCUAUAUCGACCCUACGAUUCAACCACGACUCUCAAUUGAUGGCUCUGGCCAGUCGAGACAAAAAAGACGCUCUGCGUGUGAUCCACCUGCCCAGUUUGACUGCGUUUUCAAACUGGCCUACGUCCAGCACCCCACUAGGACACGUGACUGCGGUAGAUUUUUCUGCGCAGAGCGAGUAUCUUGUCAUCGGCAACACAAGGGGAAAGGUGUUGUUGUAUCAUCUCAUGGAUUAUGGUGCAGCGAGAUUAGUUGUGUGACAUGCAUAGGCUACUCUUCGCCCUGUAUCACCUGUAAUGCUUCUUCAAGCCUUUCUGAUGCACUCAACCUCGUUCUCUUCGCGGCUCGCCCGUCCUCAUUCUCCAGAGCACCCUUCUCACUGUCGCACUUCUUGGCCAAGAAAUGCAGAUAUUCCAGUCUGUGCCGUGGGGCCUGGGGCUUGGUCAUGGGCAGCGGAGGUCCCGGGAACCAGAACAUCUCUCCACUCAAGGGAUCCCGCUCAAAAUGACGCGCUGACCCAAGAUGAGAACAAGAAAGAUUUAGGAGGGGAGAGCGAUCGCUUGUCGAGGCUGAAGGCUUUUCAUCGCGCUUGCCUAGACGCAGUGGCCGUUCGAACAGAUACAUGUCCUCGAUAAAUCCUCCUGGGGUGUUCCGUGCGCGCCAGGUUGACGGCGAAAUAUGACGGAGCCGACCCUGGACGGCAUCAUAUCGAUAUCCACAGACAUACACCGGCCAUCCCGGAUACCAGAACGGAGCACGCAAUCGUCCCCGGCCUGCGGUAGACACGUGCUGGCAUGUUACUCUUUCUAUCACGUCUGCAAGCAGAUGAUGGGUUGUUUGGUCUGGAUGGAUGAUCUAGUCAGAAUCAGAGCCAACCCAGAUUCCUCUUCGCGCACCGGUUUCAACGACUUCACCUUCAGCGCCCCCUCGUUGACGGUUUGGCAAGAGUGCAGAGGAGAUCUGCACAUGGUCAAGCAAUCAGACAAUUAUACCGUUGAAUGGCGACUUUCCUGGUCCGCUCGCAGAUACCAUUGGACACUGACUCCCUCAUUGCCCACGCUGUUUCUCCAACAUUUUGUGAUUCGACCGACCAGCGGACCGCCCGAGCGACCGAGGACCCCGAUUUGCAUAUUGUUCUGAUGGUCCUGUCCUGCAACAAUAUGCACAUACUGACCGGCUUGCAAGGCGUAUCCCUUAUGGUUGACGGUGUCACAUUCCACGGCAUCCGGGCCGUAGUGGGCAGGCGGACAGGACAGAGGCUGGACAGGGGGAAGAGGAGGAGGCUCGCUGGAUGUCAAAGCGUUGGCCACGCGCUAGAACCAUUCACAUCAAUUUGACAAAGGAAACUAAAUCCCAUACCUGAAGCGCUAUAACACGCUCCCAUUCCUCUCCCUUGGCGCCAGUAAUGACUCCCGCUCGAUCAAGGUAAUAGCGCCGGCCACUCUCGAACAUCCGAGCAAGGUCUGCAUCGAAGGCGUGCGAAGAUGUGUAAAACGUUUUGCUACGGGAACGGCUCUGCACUGAAAUGUCAGGACAGUCACGCUGGAGUCAGUCGCUAAACGCACAUCCAGGAGGCGAAACGUGAUGGGGUUCUGGUCAACAUUGAGAGGGGUCGUCCAGAUAGAUAGAUUGCCUACCUUGUCGUCCGGUACACCAUCCAACGCGGUGGAGAGCUUGACCCCGCUAGAAAGAAAACGAUGAGCGGAGAACGCACGUGUGGAAGUAGGUUGACACUCACGCAGCGUCUCGGUACGCUUUCACUGCCUGCACAAUCUCUAGAUGUCUUUCAUGCUUGACGUCCGCCAUCCAACCGCCAUCUUCACCGACCAAGAGCUCGUACUGGGGGAUUCCCAGUUCGAGCUGGUGAACGAUUUCAAUGUCAGGAGGAACAGUCCACAGUUCAUGGAUUUCAUCUUCUUCGGACUCGGACUCAGAUUCAGGGUCCUGAGAGACCGGAGCUGAGGAUGCGGGAGCCGCGCUGAUUGCUGCUGACAUUUCUAUGUCGGUCGUGUGGCUCAAAGUAGCAGCCGUCGGUGCAGGUGCGCCAGGUGAAGGUUUCAAUCCGGAUAGUACGUGCGACACAGGCGGCGCUGCUCUUGUUUGCGGCGCGACUGGCGUAGACGGUUGAGGCAAGAGAGGAGAUUUUGCUUUCCACUCGGAUUCCAGUAGUGCCUAGAAUAUUUACGUCUGGUGGGAAAAACCGAAUCACUCACAACUGGCGUACCUUAAGCUUUUGUGCGUCUGCGGCGAUCUGGCUAUCGGGUUCAUUAUAGAACAACGCGUUUAGAAAGACAAGGGAGAGAUCUGUGUAAACAGUCAACGCGUCCUUAUAGCGGUUCUUCUCCAGAGACGCGGCAAUGUCUCUGAGGCAGCGCGGUUCGGGUAUGACCUCGUAGUACUCUGCCCAGUCUUCCCUGUCCACCAAAUCCAUGAACAUAGAGGCGAGCUGGCGCUUGCGAGGAGGACCUGUCGCUGAAGUUAUUGCAUUGAGCACUUCUUCGACUGCUGCUUUCUGGGCAGGAGAGAUGGCCAUUAUUUCAUGGACUGCAAUGUAGAUUGGGAGGACGUUGAUCUUUCUCACGCUCACGCAAUGCGUUCUUACCUCAUACUGCCCACGUCACAACAGAUUGAUCCUCCUAACUUGACUGCCUCUUGCUAGUACUACUGUGCAACUCCUCUGCCCAAGAUUUGGCUCCCUCGGAACCAUUCUUACCCAUUUCAAAGGCUGUCAUCAGUGCUGAGUUGUUGUAUCUGAAUAUAUCCUUGUGGGCAUAGCUGUACAAACCGCAGCGCAAACAGUUUUUGCUAAUUGUAGCUUGCAUAUUAUAUCAUAACAGGUCGACACAGUUGAGUCUGUGAUCGCAUCGGUUAUUGCACAUUGAAGCUCGAACAUGAUGUAAAUCACAGCACGCACUCAGUUCUUCACCCAUCUUCUUGUGAGCAAGCAGUGCCUAAAAUCCCCAUUCGUGGACUUUCAUCUGCGGUCAAGAGAAUCCAGAGAGUCUUGUGUUUUGAAUCGUG